AUGUCGGAGGUGAGCAAUAACUGUCUUCCUCUUCCAUUCAGGGAGUCUCAUACAGCCAUCGCCUUCGUCGCAGUCGCAAGUCUUACCUUUUGGUUGGCGGAUUAUAUCCAGACAUUCGAGUCCGAGGUGUUCUUGAUCUGGUGGCAUCAUGCAGAAUGGACGUCUGUGCAGUACCUGUGGUUUUUGUCGCGCUACCUGCCCUUCCUGGAUCUCCCCAUAGCCCUGGCAUAUCGAUUGCAUUACGGUUUAUCUCUCACUUCGUGCAAAGCUCUCUGGGCUAUCUCCUUCUUUGCAUUCUAUGCCAGCGGUUCCUUGGCAAACAGUUUGUUGGGCGCUCGGGUCGUGGCAUUGUCAGGCCAGAAGUUCUAUGUGGUUCUUUUUGCGAAGAUCUACUAUGUGGGCGUGCAACUAUCGGUCUUUAUUCUCAGUGUAAUAUACCUGAAUUCUUUAAAGCACGAGAUAUCACCAAAUCCUGUUAACCCAGGAUGCAUUAUCACGGACGGUCACGACAUCCUGCUUUCUGUGAUAUUUGCCCUCAUGAUGGGUCAACAAUUCGUGUUCAUGGUUAUUGCACUCUGGAUGGGAGCUGUCCGAUAUCGAAAUGCCGCCACGAAGAGCCGUAUCUUUGUGACUUUCCAGAGGGAUGGUAUCUGCUGCUUCAUUGUCCUAACUCUGAUUGCAACAACCAACAUCGUCGUACAUCUGGUUCGCAGUCCUGAGUAUCAGUUCCUCCUCGUUCUGCCUCUUCGUAUUAUGCACAGCAUAAUCUCCACUCGCACCGUCCUCAAUAUGCGAGAGAGUACUUGCACAGGUGGUGGUCUCUGCUUCACAGCUGCCCUCGUGGACCAUCCCCCUGCUGAGCGGUACGACAACGAGGAACUGAGGCUCCGAGAAUGUACCAUCGAGGUGGCCAUUGAAGUUGCAAAGGACGUCAUGGAGGACAAGGAACUUUCGGAUCGGAUGUCCCAGAAGUCCGACUGCGCCUGUUCUGAUCUAGGCCACCGCUAG